AUGGUUUCCAAGUUUAAGGCCUUCGUCGAUACCACUUUGCCCAACGACAUUCAAUAUCAACCUGCGAUGAAGGAGUUGGCGGACUUGGUCUACAACGACAUCGACCAGUUACCCAACACCGGCAAGUGCAGUACCAACCUUCUUAAGGCUAUUCAGGUGUCGCUCUUCUCGAUCCUCAAGCUCGGAUGGUGGUCAGCCAUGUCUACCCUCGUGGACUGCGUCCGCCUCGGCUUCGAAACGCCAUCGGAGUCCAAGAAUGUGUUCAGAGACCGCACGAUGCUUGAGCAGUGCCUCUCUCUACGUCCGAAGUACGUCGUGCGCCUCUUGGAACGCGCAAACACGCUCCUCGGCCUGAGCACCGUGAAGUGCACUGGUUGGCCUGAUGUCUUUCUCACCCUGUGGAAGUCGGCAUCCGCUGAUGUUGUUGCGGGAAUUUGUGCGUGUUAUUGCCAUUGUCACGGUGACACCCAGCGGUUUGAAUUCUGGAUAAUUUUGUCGAGACGCAGGCAUGCCGACGCCAACGAUGCCACGAAUAACUGGAGCGGCGGUCACUUCCUGUGCUCUCUCGCGAGCGCCGAGGGGUUUGACUUGGACAAGGCCAUGGUAAAGGAGGAGCUCGCACUCGUCGAGCAGCAGGACCUCGCCGUGGAUACCACUACCGGUCCGAAGGACGACGCACCACUAUCGGAGUUGUAUGCGCUCAGAGACCCAGCCGCAUUUUUUUCCCAAGGAGGCGUUUGA